AUGAAAGUCUCAAAUAUUUUAUUAUUAAUUGCAACUAUUAUCUGUAUCUUUAGUUUUACCAAUGGAAAAGUGAAUCAUGGUACACCAGAUCAAGGUGAAAUUAACUAUUGUAAUAUGUGUAAUGUUACAACUCAAUGCGCUCAUGGUACCGAUCAUAACUGUGUUGAUGUCACAUUAAAUAAAUGUACAUCAGUAACCAAUACCUGCGAUAACUCUCAAUUCUAUACCAUUGUAACUCAAGAAGGUAGUACUGUCUCCACAAGAAAGUAUCAAAAUGCCAAUUGUACCACCGAAGUUGUCAACACCUUUACCACCGUAUCUUGUGGUAGUUGUUCAAGUUCCGGUGAAAUCCAAGUACUCUGUGCUGCUGAUGAUGAUUCAAGCUCUACUUUAGUUUAUCCUUCAAUCUUUUUGAUUGUAAUGAUUUUAAUUUCUUUAAUCUUUUAA